UUUUUGUAAAGACAAUGUAUGUAAUAUAGACUUUUGGUGAUGUAAUGAAAAAGUAUUUUUAGCAUUACAUUGUUAUUUGAUGGUAUUACAUUGUCAUUUCCAUAGUUAGCAUGUUCCAUUCUGUUGUGCACAUUCAUAAGCGUGGUUGUAUGUGUGUUUGAUUUGUUAUUCAUGUUCCGAGCGUAAUUACUAAAUGCUACUCUCACUAUACUAUUUUCAUAUGUAGUAAUGUCAAAGGGUAAAGAAAAAGUUAGCGGCAGCAAGCAAUUUAGGUGGCUGCCACCUAUGCAUGAGAUGAUGCUAAAGAUACUUACAGAGGAGGCUGGAAAGGGCAAUAAGCCCUCUAAUACUUUUAGGGCCGGCUCCUUUGCUCUUGUAGCGAAGGAGAUAACGGCCCAUUUCGGGGUUGAGUGCCACCCUGUAUUUGUGGAGAACCAGAUGCGGACUCUAAGGUCCAUGUGGGCAACUAUUCAAGAGCUUAGAAAGAAGAGUGGAUUCGGUUGGGACGAAAAUCUGAAAAUGAUAACUUGUGACGCUAAAACAUACCAAGAAGAAGUUAUGGCACAUCGGAAGCAUGCCGAGUAUCUGAACAAAAAAAUUGAGUUUUACGAUGAAUUAGCGAUUGUGGUGGGGAAGGACACAGCCACAGGUGGCUUUGCUAAGUCCGGAGUGGAUAUUGAAAAUGAGCCAGAUAAUGGGGAUAAUGGGGAUAGUGCAGAGUUUGUUGCAGAUAAUGUGGAGGAAUGUGUGGUUGAAAAGGGGAAGAACGCAAAUGAAUCAUCCACCACUGGGUCGGGAAUUUCCAAGUCCCGCAAAAGAGGGCGUGCAGCUUCUAAUGCUGAUGAUAGUGUGCUGACUGAUCUAUCUGAUCAGCUGAAGGAAAUAGCUGUCGCUCUGAAAGAAAUUAAUCGGGGCCCGGUAGAUUACACAACUUUGUAUAAUGAGGUAAUGGCUAUGAUGGUGGAUGGAUAUAGCGAAGAUAUGCUCGCUACUGCCUUCGACCAUCUUUGUGAGAAUGAAAAGACGGCACGUGGAUUUUUAGCCAAGAAUGCUAGGUUGAGGAAGCUGUGGUUAGAUGGUUAUUUUUUCUCACAAAUUUGA